AUGCCUGCCAAGCAAGAUGCCUUCGCAAAGAUCUUGGAGGGAGAGAAGGGCUUCAAGUUCACACUGCGAGCUCGAGAUCCGUUGGAUAAGAAUGUGAAGCGCUUCCAGUACCUGAAGGACCGAGGAUGGAUCGAUGAGCAGGCUCUGUCGUUGGAAGCCAAGGUGGUGGCCUACAACUAUCAGCUGGAUAUCCCGCGCUUGCUGAAAGUGCAGUUCAACUUUUACUUCAGUCGUGGUGGUGGCAUCUACACCACACAGAAGAUUGAGGUGGCGACCUUAAAGACUUGGCCCAGACACAACCGAGCAUUGCUCCUCUUCGUGGAUUGCGUCUUCUUCUUGAUGUGCUUAGCAUCCUCGGCCUUCAUGGCCCGGGAGUUUCAGAAGGAUCUGAAGGCAGGGAAAUGCUUUGGACACUUCAACAUCAUCAACACCAUUACCUGGCUGAGUUGUCUUUUUGGCACCUCGGCCUUUCCCUCGCCGCUCUAUUCCGCCAGAGCGGGAUCGCCGGGAUCGCCACCGGGGGCUUUUUUGCAGUCGUGUUUUACCGACCCCGAAUCGGGUGUGCAAGAGGGAAUGCCCCUCAGGGUUUUGACCAUGUCCUUUCGCUGGAGGGAACAUGAGGGAACCAAAGGUCUGACUAUUCCAGUGUACACCCAUACCUUUCUUUUGGAUUUGGAGAGCAUGGAAGAGGAAGGCGUUGUGCGAGCGUCAAGUUUUUUGACCUCCAAUGGCCGAUGUGCAGUGUAUGACCGGUUUUUCAUUGUUUGUUCUUUUUCAUGA